AUGUCAUUCCUGGCGCGUCAAUGGGGCGCUAUCUCUCAUUGCUAUUUUCCAAGAGCUCUAGGGGAAGGCCGCUUGCUUGGGUACGGUACCAUUACAUUUGCCGAUCCAGAGAGCGUAACUCGAGUGCUGCAGGCAGCCAAGACGCGGCAUGGCAUACUGCGUAUACCGUAUGCAGCGCCUCUGCGUGAUCCACAAGCUAUUGCCUAUGCAUCGAUGGAUGAUAGUGCGCGUGCCUUUAUGACGUCGCCUUCGGUGCGCGAUAGCGUUGCAGCAGCAGCACCUAUGGCUCCUCAUACAGACACAUCGCCAGCCUACGAUCACUUUUUUGUGACGGUGGAGCGCAGUGAGCGUCCACCUCGACCUGCGAAGCCACCGGCUCCGGCCACAGAGAAGCUCAAUUUGGAUUUACUGCGUGAGUUUGAUGGAUUCGCUGGCGGGUUGGCUCAGCGUGCUGCUGCCUAUGCCCGUGAAGAUCGCAAACGAGAAAAAGUGACUACAAAACAUCGUCGCAAUUGA